AUGACUCUAACGAAACGGUAUGUGCUGAGAUUGUUCAAAUCAAUAAAGUACAUUACUGCAAGUGUUGUAGAUCGAAACAGUGGACAAAUAGUAGCAACAUCAUCCACUGCGGAGCACGACAUCAAGCAGUCCCUGGAGUGUGCCAGGUACUGCAAUGCAAAAGCAACUGCUGUUGUAGGGGAGGUAUUGGCCAGGCGUCUCAAGGUUGAGGGGCUUAAAUUUAUCAUUUCUAAAAUAUAA